AUGUCUGAAAUCACACAGAGCAUCGCAUGUCUUAAUAAAAUUCUGGAGUCCAAUGAUGCCAGCCUUUUUUCUGAAUACAAAUCGAGGAAUGCUGAAUUUCGAAGAUUGCCUCCUAAGCUCAUAGUUUCUUUGUCAAGUUUUACCCCUCAGAAGAUCAACAGAGAACAACUUUGUCAACAUUUUGGUUCUUUGUCAGCACUGUCUAUCAAAACAGAAGAACAUGGCUACACAAUAGAUUCUCCUGGUCCUGAGUCCUCUCCCCGGGACAGACUCCUGAUUGAAGAACCACGGAUCAUAACAGAGAUAAACACCAAGUGUGUAUUUCCUGUUUUAUUACGCAGUGUGUCAUGUAAAAGUGAUGAAGAUAUCUGGACAUGUUUUAAUAACAAAAAAAUACUUCUCUACAACCUGCGGGGUGAACUUGUGAAGUCCAUCAAAACCAAGUCAGGGAAAAGGCCAUGGAACAUUGCAGUGACAAGGAGUGGAGAUCUGGUUUAUACUGAUGACCAUGAUAGAACUGUAAACAUAGUGAAAAAUAUGCAGAUACUGACAGUGAUCAUACUACAGGGGUGGAGACCUCACGGUGUUUGUAGUACCUCCUCUGGUGAUCUCCUGGUUGUCAUGGUCAGUGAUGAUAAACAAACAAAAGUUGUGCGUUACUCUGGCUCCACAGAGAAACAAAGUAUUCAGUACGAUGACAAAGGACAACCUUUCUAUUCAUGUGGUGGUGGUUAUAAAUACAUCACUGAGAACAGAAACCUAGAUAUUUGUGUGUCAGACAAUGGUGCCCGUGAAGUAGUGGUGGUCACUCAGGCCGGGAAACUCCGGUUUACCUACACUGGUCCUCCCUCUACUACCAAGGGAUUAUUUGAUCCUCGCGGCAUUACUACAGACAGCCAGAGUCGGAUCCUGACAGCAGACUGGAACAACCACUGUAUCCACAUCCUGGAUCAGGACGGACAGUUCCUCCGCUACAUUGGAAACUGUGAUAUAUUAUAUCCAUUGGGUUUAAGUAUGGAUAAUAGAGACAACCUCUUUGUGGCCGAGUGGAUCACACGUAAAGUAAAGAAAAUUCAUUAUUGCAUUUAAAGACAUGGAGACUAAAAAAAAGUUUUAAUUUUUGAAUUUGACAGUGGAAAAAACGAGAAGACAAACAUUUAUAUCAAAUGUGAUUAUACGGGAGGUUUCAUGCAUUAUUAUCAAUCGCCUAUAAGUUUACAAGUAGUUAAAUCUCAUCCAGAUUUUCACGUGUAAACUAACUAACUAAACAAACUUUUUGGACAUUGUUUGAUUUGAGUACGGUCUAAAAAAAAGUUACAGUGGUAUAUUCACAUUGAGAAAAGGGGAAUUUGAAGUUAUUCGAUGUAAUUUAUCAGAAGUUCAUCUUGUCUACAUUCUCUAUAUAUGUGUAGUGAAUCAUUCAUGAUAGAUAUAUUUGUGCGUCAUCAUGUCUCUUAAAGUAACAACCAUGCAGAUGAUUUGUGUAGAUAACAUUAUAACAGAAUGUAUGUGUACAUAUAUCUUUUAUUCUAAAACAUUACAUGUAUGUUUGCCCUGUAACCAAUCUGUGUGCGCUGUAUAUAUCUAUGUACGUGUA